AUGAAAGGACAAGGCGACAACUUGUCACUGAUCGACUUGAAGACACAGGUCGAACAGUUCCUCAAGUACGAGGAAAAGAAGUACCGCAUACCAAGACGCCUCCGAUCUGAUGACGAUUGGACACUCUUCGCCGUGUUCUUCGGGCUUUGGGAUCUUCUCGAAUACUCAAAGCUCGAAAUGGAGUUCGCUAUGAGAUCUGUCGAUGAUAGCAUAGCAGAGUUAUUCGUUCAGCUUGAUGUUUUGGUAGCGCAAUCGUCAACUGCCGUCCAGAUUGUUAUGCCUCAAAUGAUCGAUGUCACAUUCUUCCCGCGUUUCAAGCCCAGCAAAGAUGGUCUGGAUCUACGAGUAGCGCAAACUCAGCAUCGAAUGUUGUUCCUGCAGACUUACUGGAACGCUGUCUUGUUUCAACGCGCAGUGCAAUGGCAGAAGGGCAGAGUCUUCAUGCCUGACUUGAAUGAUGUGGUGAUAGAGCAUGUCAGAAUGAAACAGCUGUAUUGCGAAGGCAUCCUGGAUGCGUUUGGCUCCAAAGAACGCAUGCUGCUGGUCGAAGACGUGGAGCUGCCAUGUGUAAUCAUGUCGUUGGCUGGCAACGCGACGAAUCUGCAUGCAGCCGCUGUAGAGAAAUGUUCCGAUCCAGCUGCGCAUCUAUUUUGGUCAGUCAUCCAACCAAACAAACGCAUUGUCUGA